AUGCGAGUUACAGGUGAGUGGGUUCUUUUUGAGAAAUUCAAAGUGGUUGAGACGGUACAGACAUUCUUUACAGUUAAUGUUGGUCUGACUAGUACAUACACAUACAAAGCAUUUCGAUCAUCGCAAGCAAUGUUGUCUAGACUAUCAAUUAGAUCUGCAAAGAGUGUCUCUUUUGUUAGAGGUAUCUCAUCCACUGUUCCAGCACUCAAGUCUACCUAUGACUCUCCAGAUUUCUCUCACUACUUGAACAAAUCCAAGGGAUCCAAUGACAAAUCCAGAGAUUUCACCUAUUUCAUGGUUGGAUCUUACGGUCUAUUGGGUGCAGCAGCAGCAAAGUCCACCGUCGAGGCAUUCUUGAGUACCAUGAGUGCAUCUGCCGAUGUUCUUGCUAUGGCAAAGGUCGAGGUUAAGUUAAAUGCCAUCCCAUUAGGUAAGAAUGUUGUUGUUAAGUGGCAAGGUAAGCCUGUUUUCAUCAGACAUAGAACACCUGCUGAAAUCGAAGAAGCUAAUGCCGUAGAUAUCUCCACCUUGAGAGACCCUCAAGCGGAUUCCGAUAGAGUCAAGAACCCAGAAUGGUUGAUCAUGUUGGGUAUUUGUACCCAUUUAGGUUGUGUCCCAAUUGGUGAAGCCGGCGACUUUGGUGGUUGGUUCUGUCCUUGUCACGGUUCCCACUAUGAUAUAUCCGGUAGAAUCAGAAAAGGUCCUGCUCCAUUAAACCUGGAAGUCCCAGAAUAUGAAUUUGCUGAUGAAGAAACUUUAGUUGUUGGUUAG